UUGUAGACGGUCCCUGCAGCAUGGCCGCCGCUUCAGCCACCUGGGCGUUUCAGGCACAGGAAAGCCGGGCCCGACCUGGGGGAGGGCUGGAAGCCUUGAGGUUGAGGGGCCUAGGCCCAGUCACCAUGGACAGCUUCUUCGGUUGUGAACUGUCCGGUCAGGCUAGGUCCUACACCUUCAAGGUAGAGGAGGACGACAAUACGGAGCAUGUGCUGGCACUGACCAUGCUCUGCCUCACAGAAGAUGCUAAGGAGGAGUGCAACAUUGUGGAGGUGGUAGCCAGAAACAGUGACAAUGAGGAGAUUGCUGUACCAGUGGCCAACCUGAAACUGUCUUGCCAGCCCAUGCUCAGCCUAGGUGACUUCCUACUCCAGCCUCCAGUGACCUUCCACCUGAAGUCUGGCUCUGGCCCUGUUCAUGUCAGUGGGAGGCACCAGAUUGUAUCUAUGGAGGACAGUGAUCUCUCUGAAGAAGAUGAGAGUGAAGACAGGGACCCAGAACUUCUGCCCAUUCUGCCUGCCAAGAAGAGGCAGGGGAGGUCAUAACUGGCAAGGGAUCACAGUUGUCUCUCUCUCCUACUCACGUGGUCCUGUUUCUCCUGGAUGUUUCAAAAGUGUUUUGGUUUUUUGUUUGUUUUUUAAGUGAGGCAGUUGGGGUUAAGUGACUUGCCCAGGGUCACACAGCUAGUAAACUGUUGGGUGUCUGAGGCCAG